UCUAUCGAACACUCAAACUCCAGAAACAACAAUCACUAGGACCACAAAAACUAUAGAUCAACAGAGGAAGUCGAUAUCAUUAGCACUAAAGACAAUUCGAAGGAAAAUGUUAAAGGAUCUCGUAUGUUCGAACAUUACCACGAAAAUAAAACGAACGAGAAUAAAACAACAACGCUUUCUACAUCUGUACAUCAUGAAGUUACUGAAAAUUAUAUUACGGAAUAUACAAAAACUGUAGACACUGAAGAUUAUAUUCAGAAAAGUAUAGAAAUUACGGAACAAAAUAUUGAUUCAAUUACAUUGCCACGUGAUGUUAUAACUGAUAAUGUUAUUGAUAAUGGCACCUCUUCAACAUCACCAAUUAUUGAUUCCACUACGAAAGACAUUCCAAUUGUUGAAGUUGUAAACAACGCUACAACUUCAAAAUCCACUAAGGAAGCUAUAACCGUAAAAUAUUCCAUUGAUGAAUAUAGCUCGGACAAAUCAGAAGUUGAGAUUGUGAUUAAUAAUGUAACGACUCCAACAUUAUCAACUCGCUUGAACGAGCUGGAAGAGAACACUUCCGAAAAUUCUACAAAACAGUUAGAAAAAUUAAGAAAUGGUGUUGUAACAACUGAUAACAUUGUAUCUUCAACACCAAGUCUUCAGAUUGAUUUUGAAGAAAGCACAAGUGUUAAUAGUUUCUUCAAUAGAACUCAAUAUUCCGAGAAAUCACAGUUUGAAGUAACAACAAAUGAUAUUACUGUUUCAACAUCAUCAACUCUAUCAGACUUUAAAGAAAAUAGGAAUACAGAAAAUCUUACAACGGAAUUCUUAAAUUAUGAGAGCAAAGAAUACAAUGCGACAUUAAUUGAUAAAAAUGUAAUGCGAGAGAGCUCUCCUGUUAUAAAUUAUACUCUAUUAUACUCUACGAAUGAAAAGUUUUCAACAACUACGGACGUUAAAAAUGAAGCUGAAGAUAUGAUAAAUAAAACUAUGAAUGCAGAUAAUCGUAUUAUCGAAAAAUAUAACGAGAAUGUGACUUCUGGUAAAAUGGAGAAUUACAGUGUGCGGUCCAAUUAUGCGAACAUAUCUACUACUUCUGUUUUCAAUUAUACAACCAGCAGCACAGCCAUCCCGAUAAAUUACGACGAAAUGAAUUUUACAACCACGCUUCUCGAUAAGAACACAAACGUGUGCGAGACGAAACAUUGCAAGCAGAUCGUCAGCAGGAUGCUAUCUUACAUGAAUCAUUCGGCUGAUCCCUGCUCAGAUUUCUACGAGUACGCCUGCGGUGGCUUCGAGGCUAAUCCGCAGCUGACAGACGAAGAUCUAGUUCGAAAAUCCAAGAAUUAUCAACGAAUCGCCAAUCAAAUGUUAAAAGAGAAGCGCGAAAACGUGCACUCGCCUUUUGCGACAUACUACGAUAGCUGCGUACAAUAUGAAAGAGAUAUGAGCUACAGCGAAAGGAUAAAAAUGGCAAGCGAUGCAUUAAAGAAAAUAGGAAAGUUUUACAUAUCUAUGUCGCAUGAUAAUCACAUUGACUUCACUGAUUUAUUCGCCCGAUUAAUGUUACACCACAGCGCUCUUCUAUUCGACGUUGUACCAGAAUUAGACGAUCACCGGCCAAAUAGUUUCACGUUGAAAAUUGGCCCUACGACGUAUGAGAGUCCUUUUAAAGCGGAAUACGUAGAGGAUCCGUGCUUCGAGGACCAAGUCGAAGCGAAAUAUGUGGAUCUCGAAAUAUUGUACAAUAAUUAUAUAAAGUGCAAGAAUAACACAAGCGAUGUUAUGAGAUCCAUUAGGAAAGCGCUGAUAGAACUUGACGUUUUUAGAGAAUUAAAUGAUAGCUAUUUAGAAUGGGAUAUACAAUCCAAAACCAUUCACAUAAUCGAUUCUGUUAUAAUGCAAAAAUACUUUUCGCACUUCCCGUCCAAUAGUAAAAUACAGGAAACGUAUUUGAUGAACAAUUACAGUGAAAUAGGUUUAAUCGAGUUGCAGAGCAACAGCGCUUUCAUAAAUUGGACGCAAUUAAUUCGCUCGUUAACAGGAAUAGUAACUAAUGAAAAGAUUCAUAUUUAUUUCUACACCGCCUUGAUUAAAGGUUUAAAUGGAUUAGAGGAAUAUGCUAAAGAGGAUUCUAUGGGUCUUAACAAUGCGAUAAUGGGAUUGUACGCGCAUAAACUUUAUCAAGAGUUAGUUCUGCCGAAACAUGAUAAUGUAAAGAAUUAUUGUCUGCACGUGGCUAGUUAUCUCCUACAGAUAGAAGCAUCCAGUUUGUAUGUAUCGUCUUUUACUGACCACGAAAUAACGCAAAUGAAUGAAAUAACGACAAGAAUAUUCAAUAAGUUGAAACAAACGUUAUCAACAAAAAUGCAAGAAGCACAAUGGGCAAAAGAAGAAGCACGAGAAGAAUUGUUAAAAAAGAUCGACAUUCUCCAACUUGCACUGCCUGUUGCUUCUUAUUUCAAGAAUAGAAGCUCGUUAUAUAACGAGUUUAAUGUGUCAGAGCUAAUUCUAUCUGACAAUUAUUUCAACAACUCGAUGAUUCUAUUGAAAAGAUAUAGAACUCUAAUGUACACCAAAUUAAGAAGACAAAUUGGCGAUCCAAAGCAAAUUUGGACAUAUUAUGCGACACCAUUCCAGUCAAAGGCAGAAGUAAUCUACGCCUUAAACCUUAUCAUGAUUCCUUAUGGUAUCAUCGAUUGGUCCUUAAUAAAUGACGAAUCAUCCUUCGAUUAUCUUUUGCUAGCAAGGCUUGGAAAUUUAAUAGCUCAUCAGAUUGCCCAUCAUUUUGACGCGAAUGGUAUAUACUAUUGGAAUCAAACUAGAAAUAUUAACUAUUCUUUGAUGUACGAGAAUGAAUUAACAGACACGAUUUUUGAAGAAUAUAUCAGCUGUCAAAGGGACAAUCUGUACCAAGAAUCUAUAAAUUGGAUAUUACCUCUCACCGAUCAAACUGUAUCCUUUAAGAUCCCGCAGUUGACCUUGAACGAGCGGUUGUCUGAAAUUAUGGGACUCAGACUAGCCUAUGACACUUUGGUUCUUUGGAAAUCGAAUGCGAAACCAUUACCGUGGAUACAACUCGGCAUCGAUCAAUUAUUCUAUCUCGCCUACGCUCAGAUGUAUUGCACGAAGAUGCCACUCACGUCAUCGUACAUCUCCCUCUACGAGAGCGAGAACUUGCCAAGCCGGAUACGCGUGUUCGUCUCCGCGUCGAAUAGCGAGUUCGUCGCCGAAGCAUGGGAGUGCCCACUCGGCUCACAGAUCGCGCCCAAUAACAUUUGCAGCGUGUUCCCAUACAUCCAGGACUUCCAGGAGAUCCAGAUGACCCCGGAGUAAAGAUCUUUCGCAAAAAUGACAUUAAAUGGAUAACUAAUGUCGCGGACAUUGUGAUUUAGCCAAUAAUUUAGUCGAUGCGACUUACAGUUAGGCGAAACGGACAAAAUGAUAGGCACAGAAACAAAACCCGGAUAUAUUCAUUCUGUGAGAUUCGUGGCAAAUAUUUCUAAUGUAUUGUUUCAAAAUUGAAUUAAAAAAAUACUAAAUAUGGCUUCACCAUGCGAUCGUAAAACUCUCUUCAAUUCUAAAAUCUAAAAAAGAAAAAAAAACAAAUUGGAGAACAUGUGUUUUGCUUCUGUAUUCCUUAAUGUAUGUAUGUAAAGAGAUUCUCGUUUCACGUACAAUAAAAAUGUGUUUUAAAUUUAAAAACAAUGCCUUGAUAAAAACGUUGUCGCAUUGUUUGCGAGGUAACAUAAGCAAUGUUGAAAAAGGAAAAAAAAUAGGCGAACGUGAUCAUUGAAUGAAUAUGGAUCGAUGAACGGUUUUUUCCUGAAGUUCACAUCAAACUCCCAUAAAAAUUGAAAUCGUUAAAUUGGAACAUCCAUGGAUUAUUCAAGUAAUAACAACGUUCUCCAUUUAUUCUGAGGAACAAAAGUAACAAUAGCUUUGGAGAUCACUCACACCACAUCGCAAACAAUUAAUUCGCACGCAUGCGAAUCAUCAUUAUCAUUCAUCCUUCUUUUACGCAUGAUUGUCCUAUUCGACUAGAAAGUAUAAUUAAUGUUCACAAUUCACUAUCG